AUGGGGACGAGAAAUAAUCAUCAAAUGAGUUACUUGAAGAUUAACAUGGAGUUGUGCAAAGGAUGUGGUAUGUGUGCACGUGACUGCAUAGCACAAUGUCUCAAAGUGGAAAAUCACAAGAUCACGAUUGUCGAAGAAGAAGCUUCAAACUGCUUUAAAUGUGGACACUGUUCUUCAAUUUGUAAAAGCAAAGCAAUCACUCUCUUUGAAAAACCACUUGAAAAAGUUCCAGAAGGACAUAAAGAUGUCAUAGAUGCAAUUAAAACAAGAAAAUCAACAAGAUCUUUUAAAGGCCCAAUCCCCAAAGAAGAGUUGACUGAACUUAUCAAUUUGACAAGAUUCUCCCCUUCCGCCAAGAAUUGGAGAUUAAUCAAAUAUCUUGUAAUAAAUGAGCCAAAGCUAACAAAGGUAAUUAAAAAAAUAAACGAAGUAGCAUUGCAGAUUCCAGAAAUCGUUAAUAUCUUUGGUAACUUUUUGAGCUCCACACGUUGUUAUUGCUUCGUCGAAGACACUCAAAAUGUUUGGGCAAAUGACGAUGGAACUAUUGCUUUAACCCGACUUGCAGCAACCAACAAAAUGUAUGGCUCUCUUUGGUGUGGUUUGUUAAAGUUCAUGUUUUUAUUUGAUGAGAAAGAAAGUGGUUGGAUGUUUAGCUUUGGGUGUUCCUUCAUUCCACGACACCAGUCAAGUACCAAGAGAGGAUGUCUCAAUCAUCUUUUUAGAGUAAGCAGAGUGCUUAGUCUAUUUGUGGGUUAA